CAUCCGUCUGUCUGUUUGUCAUUGAGCAUGUUUAUCCAUCAGUCGGGGCGUCUGCUCUCAUCGUCGGCGACUGAGGCACACACACAUACACACACACACACACAUGGCGCGUCUGUCUGUCUGUCUGUCUGUGUGUCUAUCUGUGUGUCUGUCAGUCUCUUACCUUCGGUUCUGUCUGUGAUCGAUCACAUAAUCACACAGCUGCCCUUGGGGCCUGCUGCUGAGGACAUGCCGCCGCUCCCAGAUGAUGAAGACGAGCUGCUGCCAGGCCCCUUGCCGUUCGCGUCGUCGUUUCCGUCCCCCUUGUCAGCUCCGCCGUUGUUGCCCUUGUCGAAGAAGGCUCCGAACAUGAAGCCUGAAGGUGUGACACGAGACACAUGAUACACACCUUCCUUGACGUGUUGCGUUUGCUCUCUGCGUGCGUCUGUGCAUACGUUUUCCGUGGCUUUUCUUCCAGGACUCCGAGGGGCGGAGCACGUGCUCAAUCAAGUUACGGAUCUCGAAAAUCGUCAUCGGAAGCCCGUACUCCGCCUCGAAUUCUUGAGUCGUCCGCGCAAGCAGGUAGUUCAUCCACCUCCGCUCGAUCUCGACCCGAGGCAGGUGGGCGUAGACCUGGGCGAGAGUCCAGCCGAGUUCCUGAGCCACGUGCUGCACACACACAAAACAGAGACAGACAGACAGACAGACACAGACAGACAGACAGACACGUGUGUGUGUGUGAGUGAGUGUGUUUGUGUCACUUCAGUGGCCGACAGCGGCAGGGCUUGGUAGAUCGACAACACGAUCUCUGCACAAAACGACACGACACAGCACACACGUCGGUUGGCCGCACAAGCAUCCACGUCGUGAUGGUGAUGGCUGACGGUAGGUACCGUGGGGUGUCCUCGGCGGCUCUGCACGCGACACACACACACAAGCGGAUGCACCCACACAUGAUCAUUCAUGUCUCGGCCGGGCCGCCAAAUGUGUGUGAUUGACUGACUCACUUGCGUUGGUCGCUGUGCCGUUGGCGGCGAGUUUGACCAUGUUCACUUCGCCAAGGAGGCAGAGCAACAGGAUGAGCACCGACGACAGGCCAGGCAUUGUGUGGUGUGGCUCAAUCAAUCGACCAACAGAAACCAACCAACCAAUCAACAGUAGUCAAUGAGUCAAUCGAUCAAUGCCCUUUGCCUGCUUGAUCAAUGAUCGAUUGACU